AUGCUGCUGAAUCUUGGCCUCACAGCGGAUGCUGCAGCAGCGCAUUCAAACGACGUUCCCAUGCAGCCCGAACCCUCCCCCACGUCUUUUCUCUCCUCUCCGCCUACCUUUUCUCUCUCGUCACUGCCAUUUCUCAGUGCGCUCUAUCCCAAGUCUCCCAGCGGCUUUGCUUCGCCGAUCAAUCCUACGGCCGCCGAUCCCAUGAGCCAACUAUCGUCCACAUCAACGGCAAUCGGUCCGUCCGUGACCAUCGCGCCAGGGUCGUCUGCGCCAGCCAAGCCUACAGGAAGCCGCUCCACUCCAUCCAAAAAACCGUUGCGACCGAAGACUGCCUAUCAAUUCGCUCACCCUCCCUCUCAUGCUCGCCACAAACGGCUGCGGUUACGGCCCAAACUUCUUUUGCAAGUGCAACAAGUAUCGCAGACCCCUCGACCAUUGCCUGUUAUAGAUGUCCUGCCCUCAACUAUGUAUGUCCCACGGCUGGCUCGGAAAUUCCCUGCAAUGUUUCGUGGAAAGCACGGUCUCUGCCCUUAUGAUGUGAUUAUCGUCAUGAGUGAGUUGUAUGCGGCAGCCAGAGCUGAGCUUCCCGAGCAUCAAGCCAGCUCGGAAGACGAAGAAGAUCAGCGAGAGGUCGUCGCCACUAUCUGCCAGAUGCUUCAAGAGGAUGCGCGGUCAAAAGGGAAAGCUGAGAUCUGUCUUAACUUUGGGCCAACAUGGGAGGCCACUCCACUGGCCAGUGGUUCCUACGAGUUCGUUGCUCAAAUUGACGAAGGUGUGCGGGUCAUGCGGUGGGCCUUACGGGGUGGGAAAAAUCGACGAGGAAUGACGCCCUCGGGAACCGUGGUGACCGAGGACACGAAGCGGUUCACAUUCAGCGUGAUUGACCCCCACACACGUCGGCACCCGGUCAUUGCGUCGAUGACAAGAGAUCACCUGGAGGUAAACGAGGAGUUUCCUCGGGCGGUUGCACGAUCUGCGACUGGAGCUAUGACUCCAUCUUCGGCGAUGUCCGUAGUCAGCGAUGGAUCGGAUCACGAGAUGCCCUCAGGCUCAACCGACGUGACCGUUCUUGACGAUGAACUGCGCACUUUCAUCAUCGUAACUGGGAUCUGGGUGGCUUUACGCGAAGGAUGGUCUCACACCUUUCAGUAUGGAGACCAGGGCGCAGCAGCCACGGGAAAGAGUCCCAUCUCGCCCUCGUCAACAAAAUACAAUCCGUCCGCCGCGGCCAACAUGGAUGAGGAGCGUUUAUCGGAUCGUGACGAGCUCAAGCAGGCCAAGAAUCCCAUCGAGAACAAACGGUGUUUAUCCAUGUCUAGCAUCAGGCGAUCGAAUUCGAUGGUCGGAUCCCUUGGGGACGCUCUGAAUGUCAAUCUGUCGAAGCGAUCCAAUUCAACCGGUGCCGCUUUCAUGGACCAGUCCAAAAGGAGAAGCGCCUCCGCGAUGGGGGGACGAUUCAAACGUCAUAGCUUGCUCACAAAAACUGGUGAGAAUGGCCGCAAUGUCGUCGUCUCUCGUCCCGCGUCCCUCCGACAGAAUUCCGUAGAGCCCGAAACUCUGUUACAACCCCGCGGUCGAUCCGACCACAAGCCCGACCUCGGCCCGUCAACUCCCUUCUCAGAGCCAUCUCUGAGCGCUAACAGCGGCGCAGGGUAUACUGCUGAGAGCGUGUCUGACGGGCCAUCAAAAACAACGGACUCUGGGAAGACCAAGCGUCGCCACCGGCUGAGUACCUUAUUUACAAUCUUCCACCGAAAACACUGA